AUGAAGAUGAACCUCGCCUUCGCGUUCCUGGUCGUCGCGCGCGGGUUUGCGGAGCAGGUGACCCCCAUCGAGCAGGUCCUGACCAUGAUCACCGACCUCCAGGCGAAGGUCAUCUCCGAGGGCGAGGAGUCGCACAAGGUCUUCGCAGAGUUCUCCGAGUGGUGCGAGGAUGAGGCCCGCGAGCUGGGCUUCUCGAUCAAGACCGCCAAGGGCGAGGUCGAGGGCCUGGAGGCGACCAUCGCGAAGGAGUCCGCCAGCAUCGAGGAAUUCAACACCAAGAUCGAGGACAUAGCAGCGGAGCUCUCCCUGGACGAGGCGGACCUGAAGGCCGCCUCCGAGAUUCGCGCCAAAGAGCAGGCGGACUUCGCCGCCGAAGAGAGCGAGCUCGUGGAGGUGAUCGACACCCUGAAGCGCGCCACCGCCAUCCUGGAGCGCGAGAUGGCGAAGAGCGCUGGCGCGUCCAUGCUGCAGCUGAAGGGUGCCGGCGCCCUGACGCAGGCCCUCACCGCGAUGGUCCAGGCCUCCCUGAUCAGCUCCUCCGACGCGGGCAGGCUCACGGGCCUGCUGCAGCAGAUGCAGCAGUCCACCGACGACGGGGCGGACUCGGGCGCCCCCGCGGCUGCCGUGUACCAGGGCCAGAGCGGCGGGAUCAUCGGAGUGCUGCAGGACCUGUUGGAGAAGGCGGAGGCCCAGCUCGACGGCCUGCGCAAGGCAGAGACCUCAAGCCUGCAGAACUACCAGGUGCUGGCGCAGAACCUGAAGGAUGAGAUCAGGAACGGGAACGCCGACUUGGAGGAGGCAAAGAAGGGGCUCGCGGCCAGCUCCAGCGCGAAGGCGGAGGCCGAGGGCGACCUGGCCGCGACCUCGGCUGACCUCGCGUCCGACGAGAGCACCAAGGCGACCCUCCACUCAGACUGCAUGGAGAAGGCCGAGACAUUUGAGGCCGAACAGAAGAGCCGCGGGGAGGAGCUCAAGGCCAUCGCGGAGGCGAAGAGGAUCAUCCAGGAGACCACCUCGGGAGCCGCCUCGCAGACGUAUUCCUUCCUCCAGCUUCGCUCGAGCUCGGACGUGGCCGCCGUGCGCUUCGUGCAGAGCCUGGCGCAGAAGCAGAACUCCACGGCGCUGGCCCAGCUCGCCAUGCAGAUGGCAUCUGCCGCCCGCGUCAGCGCGGACCCCUUCGCCAAGAUCAAGGCGCUCAUCGCCGACAUGAUCGACAAGCUGGAGGCGGAGGCGGCAGCCGACGCCGAGCACAAGGCCUUCUGCGACAAGGAGCUCGGCGAGAACGAGGCCAAGGAGGCCGACAAGGUCGCCGAGAUCGAGAAGCUAACCACGAAGGUCGACCAGUGGACGGCGCGCUCGGCGCAGCUCAAGGGGGAGAUCGCCACGCUCGAGAAGGAGCUGGCCGCGCUCGCCAAGUCUCAGCAGACGAUGGACAAGAUCCGGGAGGACGAGAAGAGCCUCUACGACAAGAGUCGGCCCGAGCUCGAGAAGGGCCUCGAGGGGGUGAAGAUGGCGCUCAAGGUGCUGCGGGAGUACUACUCGAAGGACGACAAGGCCCACUCCGCCGCGGAUGGCGCCAGCUCGGGCAUCAUUGGCCUCCUCGAGGUCAUCGAGUCGGACUUCUCCAAGAAUCUUGCCGAGAUGAUCUCGACAGAGGAGGCCGCAGCGAGCGAGUACGAGGAGCAGUCCAAGCAGAACGCCGUGGACAAGACCAACAAGGAGCAGGACGUGAAGUACAAGACCCAGGAGGCCAACACGCGGGACAAGGAGACGGCAGAGGCGAAGGCCGACCGCGAGGGCGUGCAGAAGGAGCUCGACGCGGUGCAGGCGGUGCUGAAGAGCCUGCACGCGCAGUGCGACGAGACGGUCACGCCCUACGCGGAGCUGAAGCGCCGGCGCGAAGCGGAGAUCGCAGGCCUCAAGCAGGCCCUGGAGAUCCUCGAGGGCGAGGCCGUGCUGCUGCAGCGGGCCCGCCGGCUGCGGGCGGUGCGGAGGCACGCCGCGUGA